CAACCCCAGCCAUGACAAACAAAAAUGUCUCCAGAUGUUGUCAAAUGUCUCCUGAUGGGCUGAACCAGCCCCACUGAGAAAUACUGCCUUAGAACGCUGUGGGUUCAGCAGGCCACCUUAAUCUUUUCAUUGAAAGCACAACUCCUGGCCGGGCGCAGUGGCUCAGUCUGUAAUCCCAGCACUUUGGAAGGCUGAGGCCAGCAGAUCACUUAAGGUCAGGAGAUUGAGACCAGCCUGGCCAACAUGGUGAAACCCUGUCUCUACUAAAAAAUACAAAAAUUAGGCAGGAAUGGUGGCACACACCUGUAAUCCCAGCUACUAGGGAGGCUGAGGCAGGGGAAUUACUUGUAACCCAGGAGACAGAGGUUGCAGUGAGCCAAGAUAGCACCACUGCACAGCCUGGGUGACAGAGCAAGACUCUAUCUCAGAAAGAAAAAAAAAAAAAAAGAAAGAAAGAAAACACAACUGCUCUCCUCAGUCUUACCCAGGGAGGGAAAAAAAAAAAAAAAAAGAAAAGAAAACACAACUCCAAGGACCAACAAUUAGUAUUUUUCUUCCUUCCCUAACACACAACAUAAUCUCUUUAAAACAGAUGGAACCCAUAUUCCAAUAUCUACCCUUGGCAUCUUUUCAAAGUAUUUCUAGGGUGACAGUUGGGAGAAAAUGGAAAAAAAAAUAUUUGGACACAAGCUCUUUUUUCCACUGGGCUUUGAGAAAAUCCCCAUCUUGCAUGCUCCUAGCGUAUCUCUCACUGAUAAGUUCGCUCAUAAAACCAGGGCCUUAUCCAGGGCCACGCUUACAGAACUCCCACGGACACACCAUGAUUAGGACCCUGCUGCUGUCCGCUUUGGUGGCUGGAGCCCUCAGUUGUGGGGUCUCCAGUUACCCGCCUGAUAUGUCUAGGAUGCUUGGAGGUGAAGAAGCAAGGCCCAACAGCUGGCCCUGGCAGGUCUCCCUGCAGUACAGCUCCAACGGCCAGUGGUACCACACCUGCGGAGGGUCCCUGAUAGCCAACAACUGGGUCCUGACAGCUGCCCACUGCAUCAGCUCCUCCAGGACCUACCGCGUGGGGCUGGGCCAGCACAACCUCUACACUGCGGAGUCCGGCUCGCUGGCCGUCAGUGUCUCUAAGACUGUGGUGCACAAGGACUGGAACUCUGACCAAGUCUCCAAAGGGAACGACAUUGCCCUGCUCCAACUGGCUAACCCCGUCUCCCUCACCGACAAGAUCCAGCUGGCCUGCCUCCCUCCUGCCGGCACCAUUCUACCCAACAACUACCCCUGCUAUGUCACGGGCUGGGGAAGGCUACAGACCAACAGGGCUCUCCCUGAUGACCUGCAGCAGGGCCGGUUGCUGGUUGUGGACUAUGCCACCUGCUCCAGCUCUGGCUGGUGGGGCAGCACCGUGAAGACCAAUAUGAUCUGUGCUGGGGGUGAUGGCGUGAUAUGCACCUGCAACGGAGACUCCGGCGGGCCACUAAACUGCCAGGCAUCUGAUGGCCGGUGGGAAGUGCAUGGCAUCGGCAGCCUCACGUCGGUCCUUGGCUGCAACUACUACUACAAGCCCUCCAUCUUCACACGGGUUUCCAACUACAACGACUGGAUCAAUUCGGUGAUUGCAAAUAACUAACCAAAAGAAGUCCUUGGGACUGUCUCAGACUUGGAAAGGCCACAGAAGGAAAAUAAUAUUAUAUAAAGUGACAACUAUGCAAA